AUGACAUAUGCGCCCAGGCCGCAGAAGAGGAAGGCUCUGAUCAUAGGUAUCAACUAUGAUGACGAAGAUCUUUCGUCAUCCCAGGCUUCUCGAGAUUUAGGGCAAUUACUCGCCUCGCGCAAGGACGCAAUUGACUUCCGCAAUCUACUAGUCGAUGUGACUCUUAUGACGGACUCUAAGGAUCGCGCGCAUCACUUGAUCCCCACACGAAAGAACAUGAUUGCGCAAAUCAGAUCGCUUGUCCGUGGUGCUCGACCCGGAGACACCUUUGUUUUCUACUGGCUCAUAUUGUCUAAGGCUCGCUCGCAAGAUGCUGGGCAUGCAGACCAGAUUCCUUGCAAAGAUCAUACAGAGGAGGACGACAUGGAUGAAGUCCUGCUCGCUGUCGAUCACGAAGGGACCAAGAACAAGGGCAGGUACAUUGUCGACAACACUCUCCGGAAGCUGCUUGUCGAUGCCCUUCCUCCUGGGGCGCGUUUGAUCGCCAUCUUCGACGCAUGCCAUUCAGGCACUAUCCUCGCGUUCCACGCACCACUCAAGUUCUCAUCGUAUUCGCGUCCGGCAGUCCGUCAAGAUGACGCGCAAUUCGACGACGUCAAGCCAAAGUCUGCUCUGCGAAGUCCAUUCCGCAAGCUCAUGCCCCUCCCCAGCCUGUCCCUACGCAAAACCGUCACGCGCAUGCGCAAAGUAUGCACGUUGGAUGGGAAACGCUCUGCUGACGGCACGGCGAAGAAGCUCGAACACAGAAUCCCAAAAAGGAGCCCGACCUCGUGGUCUUUCGGGAGCGUACGCGGGCGGGUCGCGUUCAAACGGCCAGGGAUUGCCUUCGAGCAGGCAAAGAGGAUAUUGCAGCUGGUGGUGCCCAAGAAUGCGUCCCCUGAGUCCUCGCGGAAGUGCGACGGCUUCUGCAUGCGGGGCGAGAUUCAAGCACCUCACGUGAUAUGUAUCUCCGCAUGCAACGACACACAGUCGACCUGGGAAUGCGGAAGGAAAGGUUCAGCCACACAGACACUCAUACGACUGCUCAGGUCUAAUGCUCAUCCGGAACUCGGGAAGCUGUAUGCUGAUCUCAGUUUCAAGCGGUACCGCACGUCCUGCAAGCUGCAUGACUGGUCGCACAAGCAGAAGCAGCUCGCUCAAGAACAGCGUCGAGCCGAAGCGCUCGCACCCCGCUCGGGAAGUCAUCGAGGGACACAGACGCCUGGCGAUAUCGCCAUUGAGAUGGUAAACUUCUCUGACAUCCAGAUCGGAAGCCAGGAGAAGCUGGAUUGGAACGAAGUGUUCACGUUUUGA